UCGCGUUAGAGGCUGACCAAUGGCGCUAGCUAGAGGGCGCUUCCGCGGCUUGCGCUUUGCCGGCAGCGCCGUGCUUGCGGUGUUGGGAGUGCCGAGCUGUGCCCUGCAACGUUGGAAGAUGCAGGUUGCCUAUGAUGGCUCCAGCUUCUAUGGAUGGCAGCACCAAGAGAGCCGGCGGAGCGUGCAUGGCGUGCUGCUGGCAGCUUUGACAGCCUCCCAUCCACAGCACAGCGCCUCGCGUCAGCGGCCGAAGCUAGUCGGCUGCUCCCGCACUGACCGGGGAGUGCAUGCGGAGGCGCAGGUGGCCCACUGUGAUUUGCUGCCCCUUGAGCCUAGCGCGUUGCUGCAGCGCGUGAAUCGCCGCCUGCCGGGGGACGUGCGAGUGUUGGCACUGGAGCCAGUGUCCAACACCUUCCAUGCGCGGAAGAGCGCGUUGAGGAAGUGUUACCGCUACGACCUGUUGCAGACGGAGGCGACGCCUUUCCAGGCCCGCUUUGUUUGGUCCGUGGGCGACCUGGAUGUGCCUCUCAUGGCGCAGGCGGCGCAGUAUCUCAGUGAGGAGUUGGACUGUCGCUGCCUCACCGUGCGAUGGCGCGCCUCCUGCCGGCCCGGUGUCGACGUGUACGAUGAAGACUAUUACGGGCCCAUUCGCAAGAGGCUGGCGAUACACGUCAGCGAGGGGGAGUUGGUGAGCAUCCACGUGGAGUCGGAUGCCUUUCUCUACAGGAUGGUGCGAGUGCUGGUGACGGCGCUGGUGGCAAUCGGGCGUCGAGCCCUCGACCCUGCCGAGAUGAAGGAGGGCCGGCGUGAGGCGGCGAUGCAGGAAGUGAAGGGUCGGUUGCGCCUCGCGCCGCCCAACGGCCUCUUCCUGCAGAACAUCGUCUAUUGACGCCAAGGGGCCGCGUGAUAUCAUGUGGUGAGUGCUGGUUGGUUAAUGCUGUGGGCGGUGCCU